CGCCCACAAAUUACCCGGAAGUGGGGCAAGAGUGUUUCAUCAAACAGGAAGUACGUCAUUAGCUAGUGUUUACCUGUCUGUGCGGUGGGGGAGAUGAAGCCGGCCGUAGAUGAGAUGUUCCCGGAGGGGGCCGGGCCCUAUGUGGACCUGGAUGAGGCUGGUGGGAGCACGGGGCUUCUGAUGGAUCUUGCUGCCAAUGAGAAGGCCGUACAUCUAGACUACUUUAAUGAUUUCGGAGACCUGUUUGAUGAUGACGACAUCCAGUAAUUAUUUUCCUGAAUUGCUCAUCCAUGCAGUUUUAUGCAAGUCGGACGCAAUAUACAGAAGACCUGGAAAAGAAUUUGUUACAUGUGUAAAUAAAGCUUCUAAACCUUUAA